AUGGAAAAUCCCUUGCGUCCGGCUUGGAGCCGGGCGAGUCGCUCCACCACGACGCCGUUGCAACCCCGGCUUUGGACUUGGGUUGCAUCGGUCAUAACGUUAUUGUGUCUAUUGACGGGCACUGCAACUGGAGAGAAAGAUCAGGUGACUAACUUUUGCAGGAGGUUUGGACAUUCGACAGCUUUGAUUGAUCGCAAGCUUUAUAUUGAUGGUGGCUUCAUCAAUUACGACCCGCUGCCAAGCAAUCCAACAAACUACACCAACACACUCCUCUUAUACCAAAACCUCGAUGUCAAUGGGCCAGAAGACAUGCCGCAGCUGUACGCCAACCUGAGCAAGAACGCGUCCAUGUCGAGCACGCACGGCGGGACGCUGUGGGCCGACGAAGUCAACAAGAAGCUCUACGCGUUCGGGGGUGAGUACUACCAGGAGCCGCCGAGCGACCUGACGCUGUACUCGUAUGAUGUGCUCAACGACUUCUGGGAGAAGCACGAGUCGCCCCCGUCGAGCAUCCAGGGCGUCAGCUACGGGGCGGGAGUCUCGGUAUCGGAGAAGGGAGAGGGGUAUUACUACGGGGGAUGGCUGAGCAAUAACUCGGUUCCCUCGUGGUCGGGGAGGCGCAUGGCGACGGCCAACUUGAUUAAGUACGAGAUGGACAAGGGUAAGUGGAGUAAUAACACGGGGCCCGACGGUGUCGGGAGGGCCGAGGGCGUUAUGGUGUAUGCGCCUGUCUCGGACGGAGGCAUGUUGAUAUAUUUUGGUGGGGUGCAGGAACUGGCGAAUGGGUCGACAAUUGGGCAGCCCAUGAACGAAAUUAUUCUCUAUGAUUUGUCGAGCUCGCGAUGGUAUAAACAGACUGCGUCGGGGAAUGUGCCCGAGAUGCGCGCUCGGUUUUGUGCUGGGGUCACUUGGGCCCAGGACAGGAGUAGUUACAACAUUUACCUCUACGGUGGUCUCGGCAUGCCACCGAAUACAGCGGGCUUCGACGACGUCUACAUCCUCACAAUACCCUCCUUCCAAUGGAUCAAGAUGUACCCAGCCCCGGGCAGCACCGCCCAGCAAUACCCGCACAACACGCUCACAUGCAACGUCGUAGACGGGGCGCAGAUGAUCAUCAUCGGGGGCUCGUUCCCACUCGACCAAACCACGUGCGACGUUCCCGACCAAUUCGGCUCCCACGGGCUCGAUAUGGGCCGUCAGAAUCCCGACGCCAGCCCCUGGUUCGUCUACCGCAAGAAUAUAACCUCCUACAUGGUGCCACGCGACAUCACAUCCAGAGUUGGCGGCAACGGCCAAGGGGGUGCCACCAAGAAGGCCCCCGAUGGCGGCUUCAACGAGACAGAUUUGAGCAUCCUCAUGACGCGCAGCUACAACGCUCCGCCACGCGCAGCGACCCGCGACGUGACGCCCGGCGAUGGCUCCUCCCGCGGCCUCAAGACUGGCGCCAUUGUGGGAAUCGCCAUCGGCGGCGCCACCGUCUUCGUGUGCCUGAUCGUAGGGGGCUGGUGUUGCGUCCGCCGCCACCGCGGCGAUGGUGGGUCCGGAGGGGGAGACCACGGGCCGGGCCACUCGUCGUCUAAUGGGCACAUGCACCAGUAUAGCGGCGACAUGGCGAGCGCUCCAUAUUCACCGCACAGUUCGCACCGCACCGCGUCAGGAUCGCAUCUUACCCCCGCCUCACCCUACCCGCCUUGGUCGCCCUUCCUCGGCCGAAGGGCUAGCAUCCCGCAGCAGCCUGUUGAGCUGGCCAGCGAUAAUCAUCCCAGCGAUUAUGGGGCGCAUGAGGUGAGCCCCAAUUCCGCGGUGAUAUACAGCAGUUUCGUCAAGCACGGGUCGUAUAGCACUGGAACCGGAACCGGAACUGGGACAGGCACAAAUACGGGGUCCAACACGAACACGACGGGGACGUGGAACUCGGCCGGGACACCGGUGCAUGAGAUUGUUACCACUCCAGGGAUGGGUAACCCCGUUCCGAACGUGGUGUAUGCCAGUUCUGGCUUUGGACCCUCGGAGCUGGGCACCGAUCGGAAUACGCGUGCGCCGGAACGGCAGUUGCUGCGCGAGAUGAAAGGGGCAGGGGAGGUAGGGACUUUGGGGGACGAAAACAGUCCGCGCCUUCAUCAAACGUAUUACCAUAAGUGA